UGUUGGUAAACCUUAAUAAAUAAAUAAAAGGAGGCGGAAGGGCCAAGUUAUUAUGGCGACGCCGGCGCGCACUUUUUGUAUAUUCGGAAAUCUCGAUGUGAUUUCUUACAAAUUGAUAAUUUCAAGGAUGUCUUUAUGUAUAGACAUCUUUGAAAUCAUAUUGACAUGUUUCAAGGUUAGCAUAUAAUAUACUUCUUUAAUGAAAUAUUCCAACCAUCAGGCGCAUAUAUUAACAAUAAGACGGAGGCAUUUUUUGCCCCACAAUAUAAUACCAUGACGCAGGCAGGCGUAUGCAUAUGCAAUUAUUAUGCAUAUGCGCUAUGCGCAAUAUACAGAGGGCCUACCGCGAAAAGCGAAAUUUCAUUAUCUGCCUGUCUAUCGCUCUAAUGGAUAUGCGAGCGUUAGAGAGGCAGAUUAAAAAAAAUUCGAUUUUCUCUUUUCGCGGUAGGCCCUCUGAUAGUAGUGAUAGUGCGCAUUCGCUGUAAGUAUUUUUGUUAAGUAAACAUCCCUAAGGCGUAUAUCUAAGAAGUCUUUCUUUGUUUCUUCUAUAUGGUGUCGAUUAAUACUCCUAAUAAAUUAAACUCGCUAACUUCUUCUGUACCAAUUUCAGAUGAUAAAGCUGAUCGAUCAAGAGCAUCUGUGUGGCAUAACUGAAAUUUGUUUUUUUUUUCAUGGUAUUGAAUUCCAGGGAGUGCUCGACAUGCUCGCGGCCAGGUUUUUUGCGUCAAAAAGAGGCAUUAGAGUAGCUGCUUUUUCUAACUCUUUUGUUUCAAAUGAAGACAGUAAAAAAAUGCAACUAGUUAUGAGUAGUUGGGUGAUGGGUGAGACAACAAUUUUCGCGACUAACGCUAAAUGGCAUGUUUAAAUAAUUCCAUGAAAACGUUUCAAUUUUCUAAUUGUACGUAAUUCCUUCGGGACCUGUAAUGAUGAAAUUCAACGCCAACUACGCCCAUCGCGACACAGCCAUUGGGUAGUUGCAUUUCGACAAUAUGAAGAGACACACGAGAACUGGAAGCGUUGGAGAAGCUCUGCCUCCUGAUUUAGAGAGCAAUAAAAAACUUGAAUCUCCGAAGAAAAAACCAAAACGAGGGAGAAAUAAUAUUAUAAAAGACUACCUUAUAGACUACACAUCUAAUUCAAAUCUACAUGGCCUCAAGUACAUCGGUGAGAAGGAAAGAACUUUUGUGGAAAAGGUGUUCUGGAUAUUCAUGUUCACGUGCUGCGUGGUGCUGUGCGCGGGCCUCAUACAGAAGGUGUACAUCAAGUGGAAUGAGAGCCCUGUCAUCGUGAGCUUUGCAGAGAAUCCGAUGCCUGUUUGGAAGAUUCCCUUUCCGGCUGUGACGGUGUGCUUCGAAACAAAAGCCCAGCAGUCAAAAUAUAAUUUUACAGAAAUCUAUCACUUGUACCUCAACCAUACAGGCACUAACAGCACGGGAAACACCACAGAACUCACCGAUGAAGAAAAAUUUGUCUUUGAAUACGUCUCUAUGGUCUGCGAUUCACAUCUAUCGCCCGCAACUGGAAGAAAAUAUGGCAGUGGCGCAGACGCAGUCGAUAAACUUAAAGAGGUGUGCCCCAACAUUACCGAAUCCUUCUUUGGAUGCAAAUGGGAAAAUAUAAACAGAGAUUAUUGUUCAGAUCUGUUCUCGCCUAUUUUGACUGAGGAAGGAAUAUGUUACACAUUUAAUACACUGGGAGCCGAGGAAAUGUUACGAUUGGAUAAUUUACAUCACGACUACGAAUAUCUACAAGAGGGAAACCCAAAUCAUACAACGACUUGGAGUUUGGAUAACGGAUACCCCGAUGACACGCCGAUAGUUACUUAUCCUCAUAGAGGCUCUGGAUAUGGAGCCAAAGCCGGAUUGACAUUUAUAAUAAAGGCUUCAGAAGUAGACCUCGACUACCUUUGCAGAGGUCCAGUACAAGGAUUUAAGAUUCUUCUGCAUAAUCCUGCAGAGCUGCCGAGGUUGUCGGUGCAGUACUUCAGAGCCCCGUUGUCUCAGGAGGUCGUGGUAUCGGUGAAACCUAAAAUGAUGACUACUUCCGAUGGCUUAUUGCCUUACAGUCCUAACAUCCGAAAAUGCUAUUUCCCGAGCGAGCGUUACCUGCGGUACUUCCGCGUGUACACGCAAGCCAACUGCGAGAUGGAGUGUCUCAGCAACUUCACCUACGCGCGCUGCGGCUGCGUACACUUCGGCAUGGUUUACGGUGAGAACAUGACAGUCUGCAGUGCUGGAAGCAUCCAGUGUGUGCAAAAUGCUCAAAAGGAACUGGUAACUGUAGCAGCCAUGAGUAGCCUGGAGAGAGAUUCGGCAGACAACAGCAGCACCGUGAUAGACGAAAAUGCACGCGACAUCGCCAUGCGCUGCAUGUGCAUGCCCGCGUGCACCUCCAUCGAGUACGAGGCAGAAACCUCGCAGGCAGACUUUGACUGGAGGGCUAUAUUUACUAGCUUCAAGUCGGAGAUACCGCCAGAACUAGAUGACACAUACAUGACGCGUAUCUUCAUCUUCUUCAAAGAGGCGCAGUUUAUCACGUCCCGCCGCUCCGAGCUGUACGGUCCCACGGACUUCCUCGCCAACUGUGGCGGCUUGCUCGGGCUAUUCAUGGGCUUCUCUAUCCUUAGCGUUGUUGAGAUACUCUACUUCCUCAGUUUACGGAUAAUCUGCCUGUUUUGGAAAAGGCGAGCUCACAAGCGCGUGGCGGAUAAGUCCAUGACCAAACUGGAGCAUCCUUAUAUUGACUAGAACUUAUUGUAGAACUACACUGAAUUCAAGUUGAAAUAUUAUAUCUAAUCUUAUUGUUCUUUCGCCACCAACCCGCUUUGCCAACACGGCAAUCGUUAACGCUACAUAGCGUAGCGUAGUCAUCUGUCUCUAUCACUCUUACGUAUUAGUGCGACAGUGUAAGUCGCAUAUUGUUCACUACGGAGCGUUAACGAUUGGCAUGUUGACUACGGGACAGCCACAGCGUACAGCUACCGCGACGGGUUGCAAUCAAUUGUUUUCUUGCGCUUUUAUAUCUCGUAUGACUAAUGAGAUGAUUUAAUCGUUAAACGUUGACUGUUCAAACUGCCGGCUAGGAGUUCUAAAAAGAAGACUAAGUCACAAACAAAAAACUCUAUCUCUACCCACUUCUCUAAAAUAAUCCGCGGGUCGGACAGCUGCAUACAAUUGACAAACCUCACUUAUCUAAUCAUCCUCAGGAAGGAAAAAGGUAAUACGAACUAUUAUAAUAUUGGUAUAAGGAAAAUGACAUCCACUAAUUCCACUAUCCUCCCCCAAUAUUUUUGUAUAUUGGUACCGAGCUGAAUAUCAGCACAUCGGUUACCGUAUUUGAAAUGGUCCAUAUGCAAAAAUAUCAUUAUCAAACAUUGAGCAUAUUUGGAAAUUAGAGACAGUGUAUUUUUUUUAUGCCAAAUAUUAUAAAUAGAUGUGCUGAUACAAAGAGCAUAAUAAUUAUGUGCUGGUAUUUGGUGAAACGUUAACGAACUUAACGAUGUGCUGAUAUUCCGCGAAACGGAAAACGAUUAUCAGUAUCAGGUUCGACAGCGAGACUGACUUCUGGCCCGAUAUUGGGAAGUGUCGAUGUAAUUUGCCGUUAAAGCCGCAGGAUGAAUUUACUAAGCCCUUAUAUAUAUAUAUUGGGACCGUGCGAAGUGCGUGGUGGGGGUAAGUAAAGCGAUCUCAGCGCAUAAGGUGGUAAAAAUUUGAACUAACUGCGGAUAGCGUCUUUAACAUUUCGUACAAUUAUAUGGCUCGAAAUGAAACUUUGAUUUACGAUUACUCCUGAAAUAUUCAUUUAACUUGUAUGGUGUAAGGGACCAUUGUAAUCUGUAUGAAAUGCUUAAUAUAACUAACGUAUUUAUUUGGAUAAUUGUUAAUAAUGUAUCCAUGUAAAUAGCUUUGCAAAUGCCACAUAUUACGUGAUCUUUUUCUAGAAGUUAAGAAUGGAUAUAGUAAGUUAUCCUUAAAAGAUAGACAUUUCACAUCACGGACUUUUUUGUAGACCUAUGAAUGAGAAACAACCCCACCAUACAUUGUGUUGUUAUAGCUCAAACGGAUUAGGCAGCGUUUUCGAUUAAAGCUCCUAGCCAGCGUGAUUUUUUCCGACAACAUCGUUAUAUUUCAAACAAUUUACACAAAACCUUAACAAGUUAUGUACUUAAGCCUUCCUCAAGAAACACUCUAUUGAUAGAUGAAAGUCGUAUGAAAAUCCGUUCAGUAGUUUUUAGUUUUGGAGUAGUUUUAUAAGAUGUAGUGAAUUGACGUUUUUCCCUAGAAUUGCGGACACUAGGUUGCGUGACAG